GGGUGAUAUUGACGGAGCCCCAGAAGAGACUAAAAAGUUCUACAAAGAGUAUCCAACACUCAAGCAAGCAAAUGGGCACACAGACCCAACACCUACCUCACAGACUCAAUCAUCUGAAAAGGACUCAGGUUGCUGGGGCACUCAGCUGAACCGUAAGAGCAUAACGGUGGCUGCCCCCAAACUGACUCUGACAGCCAAGGACAGGGAGUCCUCGGCCCAGUACUUUGGCAUGAAGCUCAAGUCAAACCUGGACCUAGGAGCUCUAACAAAGCGACCAGGAGGAUGUUGAUGUCACAGAGAAGGAAGUGGUGAAGCAGAAACCAAGGGUUCCACAGGAGAACGUCCUAGGAGAGGUGGAUGAGGAAGAUGUCAAAGCUGCCAGGAACAGAGGGAGCAACACUAUGAGACCUAAUUGCAGCUCCAGUAGACAGUGCUGCUGCUGAUGAGGCGUCUGCGGUUGAGGAGGAGCCCUUUGAGCUGCCAACCUUGGAGGAGGUUGCCCGGGCAACAGGAACUCUGCGUUCCGAGCCUCUGGUGGCGCCCCCCAGUGUUAAAGAGGAGAAUGAGCGUCAGGGAGAGAAGCAGCAGGAGGAUGGUGAUGAGGUCUUGUUGAAUGUGAUCAGGCCAGACUACGAACGCCCUCCCCCUCCGCCCCCCAUGCAGCCCCUCUACCCCCUAGGGGAGGACGGCAAAGUGCAAGCGGCGUGUUCUGAAGUUUAUGAAGCACUCAGACUUUGGGUACAAGUCUUUCAGACCAGGGCAGGAACAGGCCAUCAUGAGAAUUCUAUCAGGUCUGUCCACUCUAGUGGUGCUCUCCACAGGCAUGGGGAAGUCUCUGUGCUACCAGCUGCCUGCCUACCUCUAUGUCCAGAGGUCCAACAGUAUCACUCUAGUGGUGUUCUCCACAGGCAUGAGGAAGUCUCUGUGCUACCAGCUGCCUGCCUACCUCUAUGUCCAGAGGUCCAACAGUAUCACUCUAGUGGUGUUCUCCACAGGCAUGUGGAAGUCUCUGUGCUACCAGCUGCCUGCCUACCUCUAUGUCCAGAGGUCCAACAGUAUCACUCUAGUGGUGCUCUCCACAGGCAUGGGGAAGUCUCUGUGCUACCAGCUGCCUGCCUACCUCUAUGUCCAGAGGUCCAACAGUAUCACUCUAGUGGUGCUCUCCACAGGCAUGUGGAAGUCUCUGUGCUACCAGCUGCCUGCCUACCUCUAUGUCCAGAGGUCCAACAGUAUCACUCUAGUGGUGCUCUCCACAGGCAUGGGGAAGUCUCUGUGCUACCAGCUGCCUGCCUACCUCUAUGUCCAGAGGUCCAACAGUAUCACUCUAGUGGUGCUCUCCACAGGCAUGAGGAAGUCUCUGUGCUACCAGCUGCCUGCCUACCUCUAUGCCCAGAGGUCCAACAGUAUCACUCUAGUGGUGCUCUCCACAGGCAUGGGGAAGUCUCUGUGCUACCAGCUGCCUGCCUACCUCUAUGCCCAGAGGUCCAACAGUAUCACUCUAGUGGUGUUCUCCACAGGCAUGGGGAAGUCUCUGUGCUACCAGCUGCCUGCCUACCUCUAUGCCCAGAGGUCCAACAGUAUCACUCUAGUGGGAUCACCACUGGUAUCUCUUAUGGAUGAUCAGCUAUCUGGACUCCCAUCCAAACUGAAAGCAGCUGCUAUUCACUCCAAUAUGUCUAAAAAACAGAGGGAGGCAGCCAUUGAAAAGGUUAAGGCAGGUGAGGUCCAUGUCCUGCUCCUGUCCCCUGAGGCGUUGGUAGGUGGAGGUCACUCUGGCUCUGGCUGUCUGCCCCCAGCUGACCAGCUCCCCCCGGUGGCCUUUGCCUGUAUUGACGAGGCCCACUGUGUCUGUGAUCCCACAACUUCAGGCCCAGCUACCUGCGUCUCUGCAAGUCUCCUAGGUGUUGAGGGACCGUCCAGGUCAUCUGCACACCGCUAGACGAUAUUAGCCUGCUGAGCUAAAGCCUGGGCAUUACUGUAGCUCAGGGAGCUAACGCCAGUCUUCAUGUCUCAGCCCUGGACAUCGCUCAACACCUGGACAUCACUGACCAGGACGGUAUCGCUGUCCGCUCAGCCGCAGUGCCUCACAACCUGCAGCUGUCUGUCUCCAUGGACCGAGACAAGGACCAG